AUGCAACUAAAUCAUUUUGAUUCAUCUGAAGAAGAAAGAGAAGUAGACGAUUAUUUGGAUUAUUCUAAUGAUGAAAUGAAUGAUUCAGAUGGUUAUAACGAUGAAAUGAUAGAUAAUUCGGAUGAUAUUGAAGUUGAUUUAGUUGACUCUGAAGACUUUCGUGAAGCUAGGUUUGAAGAUGCAGUAAAUUAA